CAGCUGAAACUGUACUGAUUCUAUCAGCAGUAUCGGGCUGUUCUUUUCGACUUUUACACACCUUUACCGGGAGAAUUUAACUUUUAACGUAAUUUUCUCCGCUGGAAUCGGAUUUUAAGUUGUAACACUCGAAGGGAAACGUCGACAUCAGCCGGAAAAAGAAGUUUUAAGGAAUUUAACUCCGAGCAAGAUGGAUGUUACAACCUUCAACAACUGAAAACUUCCAGAAAAUGUUGGAGAAAAGAGCCGUUGAUCUUCAUCUGGAGGAGGAAGUCGGUGGAAAAAACGUGAAGGAACCGUUCUGCAGCCAGUAUCACUGUGGGUCUCUGCUCGGCAGCGGGGGUUUCGGCUCAGUGUUUACAGGACAGAGGCUCUCAGAUGGACUGCAGGUUGCCAUCAAACAGAUCAGCAGUGACAAAGUCCAGCAGUGGGCCAGACUGCCUGGUGUGGUCGGUCCCGUUCCCAUGGAGAUUGCUCUCCUGCAGCGGCUGUCAGAUGUCGGCGGGCACAAGGGCGUCAUCCACAUGCUGGACUGGUUUGAGGUGGAGGGGCGGGGCUUCCUGCUGGUGCUGGAGAGGCCGCCACAGUGUCAGGAUUUGUUCGACUUCAUCACGGAGAGAGGAGCGCUGCCUGAACGCCUCGCUCUCAGGUUCUUCCGUCAGAUUGUGGAGGGGCUGCAGUUUGUCCACGCUCACAGCGUCGUUCACAGAGACCUCAAAGACGAGAACAUUGUGGUUGACACAAGAACGCUCGAGGUCAAACUCAUCGACUUCGGGUCAGGAGCGCCACUCAAAGAGACGCCGUACAGCGACUUUGAAGGGACCCGGGUCUACAGUCCUCCUGAGUGGAUCGUGUCUCAGUCCUACGAGGCCGUCCCUCUCACCGUCUGGUCGCUGGGCGUCCUGCUCUUCGACAUGGUGUGCGGCGACAUCCCGUUCGAGCGUGACCAGGAGAUUGUCGGGGCCACGCCCAUUUUCACCAGGCGGGUCUCUAAAGAGUGCCAGUCCCUGAUUCGCUGGUGUAUGUCCUACCGUCCCGAGGAGCGUCCGUCCCUGGAGGAGAUCCUGUCCCACCCGUGGAUGCAGAGAGGGGAUGAGGAGGAAGAGGGCGACGGGCAGGAGGAGCACAGCUCUCUGCCGGCUCAGUCUUUGUGACGGUGGUCAAAAUAAAUGCCGCCCCGACCUCGCCGCUUUCUGGACUCGCUCACUGUGACAGAGCUGGGGUCGCUACAGGACUCUGGACUCUUUGGUGCCUCACACAAUGACGGUGUAGGACUCUAUUCAGCCAGGAGGGCGGGGACACAAACUGACACUGGAUGUUAAAGAGGCUGAUCAGUUUGCAUGCGUUUUAGCGUGUUUAGCUUCACAGCAAAGGGAGGGGGUACAGUCUUCUCUUAGGUCCUCAUAACUAAACCCAGAAUAUCUAAAAGGUGAAAACACUGCUGUGGUUUUCUAAAGUUCUCGGCCUCUGCUAAAGGAAAUAUUUAUUCUAGCUUGAGUUGGUUUUCUGCUUUAUUUAUCUCUGCUGGUGAACGGAGCAGCUCUGAGUUCUCUUUGAUUAUUUAUUAAAUAUUUAUUUUUCAUUUUGGCAGAUCUGUCCACAUUUUAGUUUUUUGUUUUUAUCUUUUUUGUGUUUGUUUGUUUCUCAUCCAGCACCGUCAGAGGGCUGAAACACUGAUUUAGCUUCUUUAAACACUCCUUUUAAGGCUGACCACACACCAGAAGAUUUUCGCUUCUUAUUGAUUUUAAAAACAGCAGAAAUUCAGACACUUUCAACUACAUUUUAUUGUUAAAAUUCUCUGAAAUUCACACUGGAUGAUUCAGCCAGACUGUGAUAUCACAGGCCUGAGAUCUCACAGAAACUUGUGUGGUCAAACACGACCCCUCAGCCUGCUGAUAAACUCCACAAAUCAAUCAUAAAAAGAUUUCUAGACCAAAGCCCAGAGGAUUAUUUAGACAAACAGUUCUAGCAGGCCUUAAAGUCCCCAACAGACAGUGUCGAGGGGAAAAUCAGGCCCAAAAAUCGCCUUUUGUGCGGCCAACUUAAAAGAAAUCAUAAAAAAUACCAAGAGAAGAGAGGAGAUAUUUUAUGGUGGUCGUCAUUUGAUCCUUUUUAGUAAAUCUCCAUAAAUACAGUUUAAAGUCGUGUUUUGUUCAUGCCAGCAUCCACCGUAAACUCUGUAAGCCUGUGCUUUAAGUUUUAGCUAAAAGUGUUAGGAUUUUCUGCAGUUUUCACCAAAAUAAGAAGAACCUACAACAAAAUCAUUCCUCAUUUAUCUAAUCUAAUAGGACCAAAAGACAGCCCUUCACAAAGAACUGCUCUGAGAUGUAAAGUUAGACUCCAGUUAGUUGCUUUAAAAUGUUCCGGGAACAAAUUUACAUGUUUUUAUAGUCCUAUGGUUGUUAAAUGUUCCAGACUUUUACACUUCCACAGGUUUUUAAAACAAUACAAUCUCUUAUGUUAAGAAUCAGUGGCACCAAAAAGCAUCAGUGCCUUUAAAAAAAUCACUUCUGUUCCUCAUUUCUGUACCUGUUUUCUUUUUUGCACAAUGCUUCCUGCAUGACUCCUAAAUUGUGCAAAAACAUCAGCAACAAUUCCAACAUUGAGUUUAGAGAAAAACAGCGGUGUAAAUUUGGCACAAAGCGUUGGCAAUGUGUGGAAAAGAAGGAGACGCUGGGGAGAUGUGAGGUUACCACCAACAUAAAAGCUGCAUUCAUGUCUCUUUUAAACAUUUAAAAUUGCACAAAAACAUCUCCAAUGUUUUUGUGCAAUUAAGAGAAUUUGCAGAAGUUUGACUGCAGUUUUUAAUUGGGAAGUUGGCCGAUUGCAAGGGUUUAAGACUUCUACUUUGUUGCUUUGGUAACAAACCAGUUAUUGGAAUCCUUUAUAUGAAAAGUGAAGAAAUAAUGCAAGCAAUUUUGCACAAUUUCAAUAGUGUGCAGGAGUUUGCAUGCAAAUUUUGGCAGUUGCAAUUAAGAAUUUAGCAAAUAUUGGCUCUUUAGGACUUCAGAUUUUGUUGGCAACACUAUAGUGCAAUAUAGCUGGUGUGCAGGAGAUUUCCUGCAAUUUUUGCAUGAUUCAAAGAAGAAGUCACCUAAUAUUGGCUAUAAGGGACUUCUGUUUCUGUUAGCAGGAAAUAUUGCCAACAUUUUUGUGCAAUUCAGACAAGUUUGCCUGUUAUUUUUGGUAGUCAAAAUUGAGAAAUUACCCACAAUUGCCCACUUAGAACUUCUUUUUUUGUUGCAGUGUGUUAAAUAGGCACCCAUAUUGUUCAAAUAGCAAGUUAUGGAAACAUUGCCAACAUUUUUGCACAAUUUAGAUAGUGUGCAGGAGUUUGCAAAUGAUAAAUUGUGAGAUAUUGGCUCUGUAGGACUUCUAUUUCUGUUGCUUUAGUAUCACAGUAACCAUCAAUGUUGUUUGUAUUGAAGGUUGUGAAAAACUUGCUUUUUUUGUCCAAUUUGGUAGUUUUGCCUGAGUUUGCCUGAAAUUUUUGGUUGUUCAAAACAAGAUAUCGGCUGCUUAGGACUAUUAAAGUGGUAUAAACAGGUAUUGAAAUGAUCCGUAUGCAAAGUUACAGAAACAUCGCCAAAGUUUUUGAAAAGUCUGCGUGCUUUUUAUUUUUAGGAGGAUCGUUUUAAAGGUUGUUAUGUGACGACGACUUUGGUAACAUUUUAAAAAUGAGUCGGUGUGACACUGAAUCUUUUUUUUUAUUGUCUAUGUUUGUGGUGUGACUGGAUCUUCAGUUUCAGAUGUAAACGGAUGAAUCAGGUUCAUAGUGACUCUGGAUGUGAUGUCACUGUAAAUACUUGUGUAUUAUUGGUUGGUUUUGCAUCAAAGUGGCUCAUGGUCACUUGUUUCUGUUUAUUUACAUUAAAUAAGAGUUUAUGGAUCAGUAGAAGAAAAAAGAUCCAACGGUUUAUUAAAACAAGUUUUGUCACUUCA